AUGCCACCACCACCUAGUCCACCCAAUCGGAACGUGCUGGUUGAUCGCUGCUCUUCGCUGCGUGGGUGCGAGCCAUGCAAGCGUAGAAAACGGGUCUGCAACGGACAGCGGCCGUGUGGCAACUGCCAAGAGACCAGCCAGGAAUGCGUCUACAGCGUAGUGUCGGACUACUCACGGAGCGUUUUCACGACGAAUAGCGCGCGCCGACUAAGUUCGGGCUCAGCCUGUGAGACCUGUCGCCGACGCAAGACAAAGUGCGAUGGCGGUAACCCGUGUGCAUACUGUGUCAAUGCAGGCUUCGAGUGCAACAAUAACUCGGAGCGCCCAGCAUCGUCACAGGGUCAAGACGGCGAUCAUCAUGCCAUGGAUCGCAUCGAGGACCGCCUUCGUCGUAUCGAAAAGCUAAUGACAGCAUUUACCCCCAGCACCUCACGCAAACUGUCAUCACCCCAUCCGCCACCUCCACCGUCGAGUGCUUCUGGCUCGUCAGUCAGACAGCAUCGACAUUCCGUCCAAGGCAUCAGCGUCGCCAAGGAGCAGGCCGCCUUACGAUCCAUCCUCAGAGCAUCGUCUCCACCGUCGUCCCCGCCACUCUCUCCUAGCAACAAGACAUCCAUCACGUCAUCCAUGCUCAACCUGUCCUUGUCGCCUUCCUCUUCGACCUCUUCGAAUCAGUCCUCGAGUGAAGGAUGUCUGUCGCCAAGCGGAGAAUGGAAACAGUCAACGCCGAUCCCGAAUCAACUUUCGAGACGAACAUUUGCCCCAGCAGCCAUGGACUAUAUGCAGUUCCCGAUCUAUCCGCUUUCUUCCACGCCACCCAAGCCUACAGCCUCGCCCGAUUAUCCCCACCCUCAUCACCAGCAGCACCAGCAUCAACACAGAGAGUAG